CAUCAAUCAAAAUCAAAUCAAUAUUCAAUUUCAAUACCUGGCGCUGGCUGGCUUGCUGUACCGAAAGUAAAGCGUGUAGUAUCGUUUUCAUAAUAAAAAUAUUUUUUACAUUUCUAAAGUCUUUGUAAAUUAAUUAAAAAAGUAAAUUUUAAAAAUGACAAGAGCUAGUGCAAGAAUAAAAAAAACUGAAGAGAAAAAAGAAGAUCCAAAAGUUGAAAUGAAAGAAGUUGAGGAGGCCAACGGGGACGAAGAAAAUGAAGAGGUUGAAGAAGAAUAUGAAGAUGAUGACGCAGAGGGUCAGGAGAAUGAAGACGAUGGUGUCGAAGAAGAGGGUGGAGAAAAUGAAGAAGUAGAAGGCAAUGAAGGUGAAAAUGCUGAAAAUGGCGAUGAGGGACCAAAACUUUCCGAAGAAGCCAAAGCUGAAGCUAAAGAAUCUAAUAAAGCUAUAUCCGAAAUGGAUAUUGAUAAAAUGAGUAUUGAUGAUAUCUUAAAAUUGAAAAUGAAAUUAAAUGAUGGGUCCGAAAAUUUUAUUUUUUCGCGUGGCCCAAAAUAUGAAGAAAAUAAGUGGCCGGUAAAUUGUCAUUUAUGCCGUCUUGGAAAUUUAUUUACUGAAGAACAUAUUCGACAUCAUUUAAAAGGUAGUGGUCAUAAAAAUAAGCUUAGAUUCCGUUUACCUACCCCAAAAUAUUACAAUGAACCUUUUUUGACAUCGGUACCUAAAGAAUUUCCAAAAGAAAAAUCUAUAAAAAUUUAUCCGGGAGAAUUUAUUGAAGAAGUGUCUGAAGAAUAUCAAGACCGUAUUUUAACACCGGAAGAUUUUGCCGUUAAAUUACCACAGGACGAGAAAUUAAUAGAAACUCUUUCAAAAGAAAAAAUGCAUGAUUAUAAUGCUAAACUUCCUUUAUUGGGACUUUGCUACAUUUAUAAAAUGAUGGGAUUCCGCGGAUUAACAUAUUACUGUACACUUUGCGAUGCAAAUUUAAAAGGAGAAGCUUUUAAGCAUAUUGUUUCAAGUGAUCAUCAGUUUAAAUAUAUUAAACGACACUUUCCAACUCUUUCCAAUGACGUUCAUAGAAAAUUAAAAGAACUGCGGAAUGCUGAUGAUUUGGACAUUUUGUUUUGCGAAAGAAAUAUAUUCCGUAAAUUGUAUCGAAAAAUUGAAAAUAUUAAGGGACAAAAGAAAAUCACUAUCUGUGAUGACGAUGACUUUUUCAAACAUAAAAAACGGUACUUACUUAAAACUCGAUUUGAUGAACAUUAUGAUGAAAGUUCAAUAUUGAUAACUGAUCAAGAAAUUGAUGUAUUAGUCCGGAAAUGCGGAAAUUAUAUUCCGUUCUUAAAACCAGACUUAAUUUCAUUGGAAAAUCCAAGUUGGGGGUAUCGCUUAUCUUUUAGGGAUGAAAAAGCAGGGAGACAGGUAUCUGACAGAGAUCGUGAUAAUGAUCGUGAUCGAAGAGAUGAUGAUUAUAAUAUGAGAGGAGGUGGACGAGAAGACGGUUCGUGGUAUAAAUAUUUUCAAAUAUUGGAUCGUGAAGUAGACGAUUUAAAUCAUCAGUACCGCAGUUAUGAAAGAUUACCCAGAUCACAUCCAAAGUGUGAAAUUGAAUUCCAAAGGUACAGAAAUGGAAAAAAACGGAAAGAUAAAAGAGAAUUCAAUGUCCCAUUCUCUACUUAUUGGAAACGACGUUUGCAUAUUUUAUAUGGUAUUGAUUUAGAAAAACGUAAGCAACGUGUUAAGAGACAACUUGGUUUGCGUUUGAAUGCUCGUACACCAAGUCCCCCAAGAAGAGAUAAUUAUGGUGGAGAUAAUAUGCAAAGAGGUGGUUAUGGGCCAUCAGGAGGAAAUCUUGGUUACGGCGGUAAUGAUAAUUAUGGAAAUCAUGGUAGUGUUCCUGGGUUAAGGGAAUUAAUGAACAUGAUGAAUCAGCAAAGUGGUGGUGGUGGAAACUAUGGAAUGGAUAUGGGUGGUAAUCUAAACAGCACAGUACCAGAACCACCACAAAUACAGCAAAAUGAACCAUUAGGUGUUAUUUCCGUUUUGAGAUUAUUUACAGCUGUUGAAAAUCAAUUAGGAAGUUUGGGCCCACAGGCUGUUCAGCUGUUGAGCCGAGCAGUUAUCGUUGAAAAGAAUGGACAAAACCCGAACGAUUUAAUGAUGGAGAAGGACUUUUAUAUAUUCUUUGCUACUGCACGUGAAAAGCUUAAAGGUCAAUAUAUUGCUAAUACAAUUCCAACAAAUCUAAUGAGUGCUGCAAAAAAAAUUAUUCAAGACUCAACAACAUUGAUGGAAAUGUUUGAAGAUUAUUGUAAACGUACAGGUAAAAGUUUACCAGAUAUGAAUAUGGAUGGCCAUAGUAAUAUGGGUGCUGCAGGAAAUAAUAGUGGUUCCAAUGUUAUGUGGAAAGGUGAACAAAGUGGUCAACUUGGUGGUAAUAACUCUUAUUAUAACAGUGGUGGAAAUAAUACUGGCAGUAGUAAUAACGAUAAUCGUGGCGGUGGAUUCGGCGGGAAUCAAAGUUACGGUUAUUCUACUGGAUAUUCGUCUACUUCAAAUUCAAAUAAUGGUUUUCACAAUACUGGCGUUGGUGGAGGAAAUUCAGGAUAUAAUACCAGUCAAAUGAUGGGUGGGGGUAAUAGAUGGAAUUAAGUAAAAUAAGAGAUUUUAUGAAUAAUUCUACGAUUUCCAUAAAUUAUAAAUUUAAAAUAAUUUCCUGAAUUUUUUGGAAAAUUAAAACUUAAUGUAGCACAAAACAGAAUAAAAAGUUUUAAUAAUCUAUUAAAAUCAUAUUAAAUAAAAUUUCAAGAAAAUAAGAUUAUAAAAAUUAAUACCUAUAAUUAAAAUUUAAAUACAAAAUAAUUAGUAUUAUAUGCUGGAAGUUUAAAACUUAUAGUCAAUAUGUUUUCCACUUAAACAAAAAAAAAAAGACUUAUUUGACUAUUAAA